AUGGAUAAUAAGGCACUGGAACUGGACUCUGUUAGCCUCCCUAUGGAGGAGGUGGUCACGUGUAAUGGUGACAGCCAGCCUGCUGCUCAGCCUCAGCUGCAGCAGGAGGUAUCCAUGCUGACCCACCUGAAGAAGGUUGAGAACCAGAUCACCGAGGCACAGCGAUUCACCCACCUACCCCGACGCUCAGCUGUUGACCUGGAGUUCAUCAACAUCUCCUACACCAUUCGGGAGGGACCGUGCUGGAGGAGGAGAGGUUUCAAAGCCUUAUUAAAGUGCCUGUCAGGACGGUUCUGCAGCAGGGAGCUUAUAGGGAUCAUGGGGCCAUCGGGGGCAGGGAAGUCCACCCUGAUGAACAUUCUAGCAGGGUACAGGGAAACAGGGAUGAAGGGUCAGAUCCUGGUAAAUGGGAAACCCAGGGACCUGAGGACCUUCAGGAAAAUGUCCUGCUACAUCAUGCAGGAAGACAUGCUGCUGCCACACCUCACUGCCAGGGAGGCCAUGAUGGUUUCAGCCAACUUAAAGCUGAAUGAAACUAUGGAUGUGAAGAAGGAACUGGUGAACGAGAUUCUGACUGCUUUAGGGCUCCUUGACUGCGCCCACACUCGUACCAGCUCACUGUCAGGUGGUCAGUGUAAACGUCUGGCCAUCGCCCUCGAACUGGUUAACAAUCCUCCAGUCAUGUUCUUUGAUGAGCCCACCAGUGGCUUAGACAGCGUGUCAUGCUACCAGGUGGUGUCCCUAAUGCGUUCUCUGGCACAGGGCGGGCGUACCAUCAUCUGCACUAUUCACCAGCCCAGUGCCAAACUGUUUGAGAUGUUUGACAAGCUUUACAUCCUCAGUCAGGGACAGUGCAUCUACAAAGGCACCGUCCCUUACCUCAUACCCUAUCUGAAGACGCUCGGCCUCUACUGUCCUACCUACCACAACCCUGCAGACUUCAUCAUUGAAGUGGCAUCAGGAGAGUAUGGAGACAUGAACCCGGUGCUGUUUGAAGCAGUCCAAGGUGGAAUGUGUGCUUUAGAGGAGAAGAAUCAAUCAGUCUGUGCAACAAUCUGCCCCGUUGAUGCCAGGCACAUAGAAAGCCACACUUUUGCCACAAGUACGCUAACACAGUUCUGCAUCCUCUUCAAGAGAACCUUCAUAACUGUAUGUCGAGACCAGGUUUUGACCCACCUCAGAGUGAUAUCCCACAUCUGCAUAGGUGUGUUAAUAGGUUUGCUCUAUCUCAACAUUGGCAAUGAUGCCAGCAGGGUGUUUAACAACACUGGAUUUCUCUUCUUCUCUAUGCUCUUCCUCAUGUUUGGAGCACUCAUGCCUACUGUGUUGACCUUUCCUCUCGAGAUGUCUGUAUUCCUGAGGGAGCAUCUGAACUACUGGUACAGCCUGAAAGCCUACUACCUGGCCAAGACCAUGGCUGAUAUUCCCUUCCAGGUGAUCUGCCCCAUCAUGUACUGCAGCAUAGUGUACUGGAUGACAGAGCAGCCUCCUGAGGCAAGUCGCUACCUGCUCUUCAUAGCCCUGUCCACCUGCACUGCCCUGGUAGCCCAGUCGCUUGGGCUGUUGGUUGGCGCUGCCUCCACCUCACUGCAGGUAGCCACAUUUGUAGGGCCUGUUACAGCUGUGCCUGUGCUGCUGUUCUCUGGAUUCUUUGUCAACUUUGACACCAUCCCCAAGUAUCUGCAGUGGAGCUCCUAUGUGUCCUACGUCAGGUGGGUGUCGCUGGGAGGAACAUCACAGCUGCAGGUUCAGUCGGGUCCACGGGGUUUUGAGGAAGGACACAUUGCUUUCCUGUCUGUACACCAUCACAGCACAUUUUACAUCAAGCAUUUAAGAAAAGAUUGA